UAUAACUAGUUAAGUUUUUUUUAUAAAUAAAUCGCUCGUUUCAUGAAGUACACAAUCAGCUAAGGAUAAGAGGCUGUUUUUUCAAGCUACUGAGAAGUUUCAUGUGUAAAAUAGGAAAGAAGGAGAGAGUACAUAACUAUAUAUUUUAUUCCACAAAAUAUUUCAUACAAUUAUGUUGGUUACUUCCCAAUAUAUUUUACAUAUAUCUUCCAAUAUACAAAAUAUGUACCAACCAGUCAUUAAAAGGCAUUUCUCAAAGAUUAAUAAAAUUAUAAAAUUGAGGAAAGAAUGCAAGUUGCUAUUUGGUCCACUAGUUGAGACAAAACCCCAAAAGAAAAAAAGGCUAAAAUUAGAAAAGAAAGGAAAGAUACUCUGUGCAAAAUCGAAUAUGGCUAAUACAGAAUUGUUUUGGCUUACGAAAAAUACUCACAAUAAAUUCAUGAAAAUUAUUACACAGUCACGAAAGGAACAAUUAAAUGAUAAAGAUCAGAGUUCUGUAGAAAAAUUUAGCAAGAUGGAAGUUGAUAACUCAACUGACCAAACUACAGAAAGACUUUUACAUUCUGAAUCUAGUCAAGUUGCUAAAAAAACAGAACUUGAGUUUACUAAUACAACAUCUAAUUUGUCAACAAAAAAUAGUGAUAAUGAAGUUGAAUUGUCUAAUUCAAAUGUAUCUAAUAAUGAAAACACAGCCACAAAAUGUGUAUCUUUUAAUUUUGAAAGAUUGCCUAACAUUAUUAUAAAGAAUUUGCUAUCUUUUUCAAUCAUGGGUAGCAAACAAGAUUUUCCUACACAAUCAACAGAAAUAUUAUCUAUAUCUGGCAAAGGUGAUCUGAAAACAUUAAAAUUUCCUAGCGUAACUAAGAUUCUUACUCAAACCAUGUCACCAGAGUCAAAGCUGGCUCUAGAGAAAUGGAAAGAAAGAAUGAUAAAAAAGCUUGGGCAGGAAGGCUUUGAAAUGCAUCAGAAAGCAUUGUUAGAGGAUGGAACAUCUUUGCAUUCUUGCAUAGCACAAAGUCUACUUGGAAAAGAGUAUGAGAUUCCUUCGAGAAUCGAACCAGUUUUUAAGAGCGUCCAAUGCGUUUUGGAAGAUGUGCAUCACGUAAAAGCGAUCGAAACACAUGUGGCUCACACGAAAUUGCAUUACAAAGGCGUAGUUGACUGUAUAGCCUCUUAUAGGAACGAAAAUUAUGUAAUCGAUUGGAAGAAAUCAGACAGACAGAAAAUGAACUUGAAGCAAACGUACGACGCUCCUAUACAACUCGCCGCGUACAUUGGAGCUAUCAAUGCUUCUAAUCUGUAUCCUUUUGUGAUAAAACGGGGAUUACUCGUGAUUGCUUACACGUGCGGCACACCAGCAACGGUGUACGAAGUGUCCGACAACACGCUGCAACUAUACUGGACAGCAUGGUUGCGCCGCCUGCAAAAGUACCAUGUCGAGACGACGAACAGUGAUGACAACGAGAACAUACGCCAAUAAAGCAUUAAUGUACAGUGUCGCAUAUAUUCAUUAAAACUUCUUCACACAAAGCCAAUUAAAUCCUUAUCCGUCAGCCACAGGUAACUCCCGACAGGAGUCGGCGGGAGAAGUUUUUAAUUCCAUCCUUUGCGCGUUAGAAGUUGCAAUAAUCUAUAGUCUUCGGGGAGUAGUUGGGAAAGCCCUUUCUGAGUCCGUAGGAAACCAGAGGACGCAGGAUACAGCAAGAGAGGGAAACCGCGCCGAUACGCCGACUUAUUAAGCCCUGCGGUGGGCUCGGCAUUUAUGAUUUAUUACAAACCUAUGCGCAUUUUCCGCAACUCUUGGCGUAACGGUUAUUAAGAAAAUACGCGACAUAUUUAUAAUUUGUGAAAUACAUUUACGCCGUUAUUAAAAGCAUUGCUACUUAUGAAAGCUGUAUUUUUCUGAAGUUAAUAAAUUCUCAGA